AUGGACAAAUUUGUUGCUGGUAGAGAUGUCUAGCCAGAGCAGAUUGACAAUUUGUCGGAUAAAUAAACGACGUAUCUACCAUCACUCAGUUUGGUGCGAGAAUUUGACGAAAAACGUUUCUUAGAUAUAAACAGUGAUAGAAGUCGGAGCCUAGCCGUGUACAGCAACAGAUCAACACUAAGCUUUCCGACUCUUACAGGUGGCGCGAACAGAAGUUUUAGUUGGGAUAUUACAACGUUUCAUUAUGGGGGAUGAAUGGAUACAGAAGAUCUCUCGAAAGAGAAAUAUGCCUUAUUACUUCAACACGAGGACAGGAGUAACUCAAUGGAAUAAGCCACCAGGACUGUCACAAAAGACACGUUAUGAUCAGAAUCUAGAGAGGAGAGAGUCCGGUGAAGAAAAAGAUGAGAGAAGCACAAAGAAGGCGAAAGAAUUUUUGUCAGGGACAGGUACUGAGAGCAAGUCGUCUUCCAUCAAGGAUUCCGCUUCAGCUUCCAAGGCGAUACCUUCCGGAACUGACGCCUGUUCAUUGCCUGGGAACCAGCAGAACCUACCAAGGGUGAUACUCCCGAGGAAGAGGAGGAAGAGGAAGAAAAUGUCAUCAUCUUCAUCCGAAAAUCCGCAGGAGGAAUUCAAAGAAACUAAACAACCUGUGCCAGGAGAUAAGCGUAAUUUUUUGGCAGGGCCCCCGGCAAAACGUACCCAAGCCGUAAAACCUGUGAUGAAAGAGACCAUUCGUCCUGAGGAUGUGAACAAACCUAGGGAAGAAUACCUAACUUUAAAGGAAACCAGUAGUGCCUCUCAGUCUUUGAAAAAGACUUCACCAGAAUCUUUUUCUUUAAUGGAAGUUGACCUCCCUUUGAGAACUGAGGGGAAAGUUCUUGUGGUAGUGGACACCAAUGUGCUUAUCAACAGUGUCGACUAUCUCCAGCAUAUCAAGGGCAAAACAAUCAAAGAUUUAGGAGAUAUAAUGCUGACUAUUCCAUGGAUAGUAAUGGAAGAACUGGAUCAAUUGAAGGGUCCUAACUGCAUUGCAAUUACGCCACUGUCUUCUGCCGUAAGAAAGGCUCUGGGUUUUCUGCACAAAAACCGAACCGAUCCUAACAUUAAAGGCCAAUCUUACAAUCAUUUUAUGAAGACAAGAAGAGGGAGAGAAGUGAAAGGAUCCAAUGAUGACAUGAUUCUACAAUAUUGUUUGCAGUGCAAGAAAAAAUAUCCAGGAAACCUGGUCGUGUUGCUGAGCAAUGAUAAGAAUCUUUGCUUGAAGGCAUCCUUCAGUGGUGUGCCAUCCUCAGGAGACAAGGACUUUAGGAAUGAGAUCAGUAAACAGGCGAAUAGCCACGCCCGGCUCUCCAUCUCGUCCGACGACAAUGAGGUAUCCUCUCCUACCAAGGAUCAACCUUCCUCUGGGAGAUCUACUCCAGAAGGGGCCAUUGCCUGUAUCUCUCCCAUAGAAUUCAAGGGUUCUGGACCGUUUCAAAGCAGCACAGGCACCAAGACUCAAGGUAAAGACAGUGAAAGGAGAACAGUAUCAUGGCCAACUCAGGAAAGUGAAGUAAAGAGAAGCACGCCUUCUGCAACAAAACAUCAGAAUAUUACAAAUAGUACCAAUAGUCACAAGACAUCUUCACCAAAACAAAAGACUGAUGUAAAGACUAAAUCAAAUAUUCACAUUGGAGAAAACAAGGUGAAAAAAGAGGAACGACUGUCGACAUGUACCCGCCCUGUUAGAACAGCAGAGACCAAUUUGGAAUUGAAAAAGGAGAAAUCUGGCAAGCAACUGAGCUCAGAGUUGGUCACAGAGAGGAAGAAGAAGGAGAAAGACUACACCAAAGAGCUGAUGGGAUUUGUAAAGCUUAUGUUGGUUAUCAUACUGAGGCAUGAGAUGAUUGAGAGCUACACUAAUCACUGGUUAGAUAUUGUACACAAGAAACCCCCUUGGUCUUUAUUGGAUGCUCUGCAAUGUAUUAAGAAACAUUAUGUAGCUGUUUUUGGACUACUGCUCGGGCGGCGAAAUGCAGAUGAAGUGGAUCGUCUUAUUGCUAUUGUGAAAAAUGUUCAAGAUGAUGAUAUUUUCUCUUCAAAACAGCUUAAGACCUUUUAUUUUGCCACCAAGGAGAUUUUGAUCCCACUCAAGAAAAAUGCGAAGUAUAAGGACAUUGCCACAAAGUGUGAAGAGGACAUUGAAAGAGUGUAUCAACAAUGGAAGCAGACCAUACAAGAUGCUACGCAAACCAGGAGUAAUACUGGUCUCCAGCGGGCCACAAAAACUUCUCUGAGAAUAUCUUUAGCAGCCUCUAUGCCUUUGGAAGAGAAAGAGAGUGUGCAGGAGAGUGAAGAAAUGUGCAUUUCACCACCAGCUACCACUUCUACCAAUGGGCUUGAGACCGCAGUACUGAUUAAAAACCAGGAAGCUAGGGAGGAGAUUGAAGAGAGGAGGGAAGGUGAUGGUAUGGACCAUGUGACCUUCUGUGUUCUUUCUGUUUUUGAAGCCAUCUAUACCGUACUGAAAUACCAUAGGGAUGUCAUUGUAUGGUCAUUCAAGCACCUUGCCAGUGGAUGCCCUAUAGAGGGCCUCCCAACCAAAGAUGAAAGCCUUAACUACCUCUCGACAGCCUUGCCUCUUAUAGAGGUCAUUGUCCGAUCUCUUCAAAGAUUGAUAGGAAGCUGUAUCCCUGUUCCUGCAGUUCUUUGUGAAGAGGUCGUCCAUUCCUUGCAUGCCUAUGUGCAAGCCCUAAAGCUUGAUUUAGACAUCAGUGGGUUUCAUGCUGAAUUGUUCCAGCAGUUCAUCCUGUCGGAGGACAAUCGACAAAGAAUUGUGCGAGGGAGUCAACAAUAUUCAGAAGUGUUGCAGCAACUCCAUGAGUGUAGAGUAACAUUAAGUCAGUUUUGAAACAAACUGUUGAAGGGUGUCAGCAAAUCUUGUUCAAUAUAUGAAAAAAAAAUGAUAGCAUAAUAUGAACAGAGGGCAGUGAAUUAUUUUCUGAUAAUUUGCUUCCUCCUCUUUACCACUUGCUGCAAUUUGUAGAUGUAAAAAUAUAUGAAAUACAGCAAUUCUACUUCCAUGCAAACUCAUACCCUGUUUGUAUAAGAUAUACUGUACCACAAAUUUUGUGGCUUCUUUGCAGACAAUUUGAUAAACAGUACUGAUGCAUUGACUUUAUGUCAAUGAUAUUUUUAUUGUUAUGCAAUUAUUUACCUUGUGAUGUAUAAUGAGCUUGCUCCCCCUCCAAAGAUGUUUCUGUUACAUGUAUUUCCAAUGCUUGUUACUGUGUGUGGGGAGGGGAGGGGGUUAGCAAAUCAUUAUCCACUCCCCAUGAAACCUAUCACAUCUGACUUUAACAAUGUAUUUGUAGAUGAGCUCGGUCCAUUAAAAGUAUUGAAGAGCAGGUGCUUACAUCAAUUUCUAUUUGUUUACUGGAUUCAGCUUUCCGUGAUUUCUUUUUCUUAUUAAUUUAUUAUUUACUUAUUUCUUCUUAUCUAUGUCUUUCUUUUUUUGAUUGAUUAAUUUAUUCUAUCUUUCUUUAUUCCAUUUAUUUAUUUAUUCCAUCUGCUAUUCUAGUUUAUUAGGUAUUUUUAUUGAUCUAUUGAAUUCAGUCAUAUCUUUUAUUACUUUUUUCGAAAUCUAUUUCUUGUUCAUUUAUUGAUUGAUUAUUUAUCUCUUUACUUGUUUGAUCAUUUAUUGAAUGAUAUUCAUUUGUGUAUUUAUUGUUCCAAACAUUUAUUGAUUAGUAAAUGCAGUAUUGGUUAAUGCAUUUAUUCAUUCCAUAGUUCAAAUUGAAUGAUCAUGUUUAAACCGAGCAGUGAAUGGAGAGAGAUUACAAUCAUCAUUUGCAAUUAUCAUCGAGACAUUUCAAUAUGAAACGUUUCAACACCUUUAUAUUCAUACCCCUGCCAAAGGAAAUUUGUGAGGAAUGGUAAAGUGGUAUAGAGUUAAGUGAUCAGCAGGUCAAGUGGGUAGGCAGGCUUUCGGUCAAUCAGUCCAUCAAAAAUCUUGCAGACGGCACUUUCUCGUCCAAUAUUUCUCAAUGUUAAUGAGACUUUGCACAUGAAGUGGUCUUCGGACGAGUGAGGAAACGAUCGUAAAGCAAUAUACUUCCUCAUUUCUCGCCCAGUACUCAUUACACCUGGGCACAACAAUUGUUCUUUGAAUGAAGACAUGCUUGGUACAUUUCAUUAAAUGCGCUAGCUACUGCCAUAGAUCAUGGGAAAAUCUUGCAGAGUAAACUACUUCCUCAGUUUUUUGUCCAAUGCUCAAUGAGACGUGGUGUAUACAUAGUCUUUGAGUGAAAAGUGCAAGAUACAUUCAUUGAGCAUGUCAGAAAAGGUGUUGCCAAGGUGUUGUUGCCAUUUUUUCACAUAAGGAUGUUGUUUUAGUUGUUUGUGAGAAUGAGAUACUGUUAUGAAUUUAGUAAUCAAUACUUUAAAUCAAUAUUUUUUGUAUAAGUCAUAUUUUUCCUAUCAGUUUCAUAUUCUAUAGAUCAGUGUUUUGGUCUCCUUUUGAAGGUUUGGUGUAUGUUAUUAUUGUUGUUCCGUUGAAAUCUUGCUUUUGGGAAAUCCAAUUUUGUAGAAACGUUGAACUAAAUCAGAAUAGGUGAUCAAUGGGGCUUCUCCAAAAUGCAUACUACUGUACGUGCACCUGCCAGCUAUUCCUAUUAUCGAUAGGAAACUUCCCAUUUUGGAGAAAAGGAAAUUGCCAUGUCAACCGGUAGGAUCCUAUAUGUAUGAACAAUUUUCAGCAAGAUUGAAUAGGGAAUUUAAGAUUGUUCUUAUGUUUAAGGCCACCGCACGCUGGUCCACGAUACCAUUUUGGAGAAGAUCACAUUUUGCUCAUUUUCUGACAAUGUGAAUGAAAGCUCAAACUAACUGAAAGAAUACUAAUAUAACAAUUUUCAAUGAUUGGAAGCCUUUAUUUUGGAGUAAAGGCCGAAUUGGUUUCAAAUCGUAGCCAAUCGUAUGAUUGUUAUGACCAAGUUCCGACCAGAUAGUAAAUUUGCUUUUAGUUUAAUAAGGAUGAUAGCAUAGUUGCAGAUUUAAACAUAGGUAUUUGUACGGUGAUUUAGAACAUUGCACGGUACAAUGUUCCAUACUGUCUCAAUAUUAGAAUCAAAUUCUACGACGUUUAUUUCCAAAAUCGGGUAGCAAAUCGUAAGGUUUGCGGUGGCCUUUACUGAUUCCUUCCUGUUUCUUAGCCGUCUUGUUUGGCAGGUUUGUCUAUUAUGAUUUGUGCAUUUUCAGAGGGGAUGUGAUGUGGCUAAAUGAAUCAAACAUUGAUGAAUAUAUUUUGUUUUCUUUAAUAGGAGUGUUAUUAUUGUCUUUUGGGAGUGUUGUUAUAGAGCACUCCAAGGGGGCGUUUCACAAAGAUUUAAGUGUGACAUACAGAUGCAUUUAAAUUCCCAGUUCCAUGCAGUGUAAAAGGCAUCACGGCAUUUGUCAAAUCAUGCUAAGGGGACGCACACUAUUGCAUAUGAAGCAAUAAGAUUGCACGUUACAAUUCAUAUGUGCGUCAGCAUUUAAGCAUGACCCUAUUUUUACACUUUUACUCUUUGUGAAACUAACCCCAGGGCCCCGUCUUACAAAGAGUUACAAUUGAUCCGAUCAAUAGUAACUAUGGACGGCCAGCAACAUCAACAUCUAUUAUGCAUAUUUGUUCAAAAUAUUUUCUACCUAUGAUGUAUAUUCAUGCAUUCGUUGUUUUCUUGAACAUUCACCGCGCUUCUCUUUGCAUAUAAGACACUGAUGGAUUUCCAUAGUUACGAUUGAUCGGAUCAAUCAUAACUCUUUGGAAGACGGGGCCAAUGUGGGUGUUUUCAUUUAUACACGCACGACUGGAACACACUUUUCGAUGCUUCGUCAGCCACACAGGGAUCAUUUACCUGAGUCACCAGUCAUGCUUUAAGUCAUUCGGUUUCACGGGCCUAAUUACAACUGGCAGGCAAAAGAUAUUCAUUCGAGCCAACCCAUUCUCAAUUUUUAAAUUUGAUAUUGCUGAUUGACAAAAGUGAAUGAAUAUGACUGACAAUCUAACACUGAUUCUAGGGAGGUGUUACGUUUGCUGGUCCGGACAAGCUCUUACUGUUACCUGUCCUGGACAAACUCCCACGUAAACCUCCUGAAUCUUGUUCUCCAUUCAGACACUCAUGAACUAGAGGACAAGCGUAUACAAAUUAUUCCGAAUCAGAGUCUCUCUCUGCUAUCUCACCGACUAUUAGGUCUUUGGUGUAAGGAUCUUUUAGCAUACUUUGAACAUCAGGAGGAAGAGGCUGUGAUUGUUGUACUCUUAAAGACUUGCUGCUAAUCACAAUGUCACCUGUUACCAUUAGUCUGUGGAAUACAUCACUCAUGGUGUCUGUACGAGAUGUCUUUCUCGCAUGCAUUCGUCUGUAGAUCUUAUUGUCUUUGUUCCUGGCUUCUUGCGCCUCCUCACUCAUCAUUCCGAUUGGCAGGACUGAAGAUGACAAGAUAGUGGCACCAUGUACUAAUAAUACGUGGACGCUUACAGGGAAUCGAUACCACGGGUAGAGCUCCAACUGUAACUCUGCUGUUUCACGACAGUAUUUUCCGAACUUGUUGGCAUCCAAUGGAAGUUUGCAAAAUAAAGCCAACAAAAUCAUUCUGUACCGAUGGAUUAGCCCUUCGUCCAAACCACAAAUAUCUACGAAGGCCUUUUCGUUCUUGAAAGCUCUUCUAGCUGUGUUGCCAUCGUUUGUAUUUCCUGCACCUUGUUUAGGUUCAUCCACUUUGAUUCCAAGCUCUUCCUUGAAGCGAUCAUAGAUCACUUUCUUUUUCCUUUUGAUCACGUCCUUGUCUUCAUUCGAUGAUACACGCCAUUUCUUUAUCUCAGUUCGGUAAGCAAUGUGAAGCAGCAUCUCGAAGCACCCGAUCAAUUUGUGAAGAGGCGAAAUGCCAUACACAUAUGUCUUCGGAUCGGAGCAAUGCACUUCAACCAGGUUGUUGAACUGCGUUGGGGUCGCAUGGCAGAUAUAGUAUCUCAUUGAAGAUUUUGUUUCGGUGAGCGCGUUAAUGACCUUCUGGUCAACCAUUGUGAGAUGGAGUUCAUAAUUGACCUUCACAUCUGCUACCGUAUUCAAGUCUGCUUCUACCUCGUAUGUUAUAUCCACAGAACUAUCCAUAGGCUUCAGGCUGUCAAUUUCCUGCCUUAUUGAUGCAUCCACCUCCUGGCUUAGCUCCGUAGUUUCUUUCGCAAACUUAAGGCGAAGAGGUCUACAGAAUCUCUUUGAGGACGGCACAGGAUUCUCCCACAGUAUCUGAUCACCCCUUUUCAGUUGUAGAGGAACCACAGUUGUGCAGAACAAGCUCUCAUCCGUUCUCUCUGGAGAAGAAAACCAUUGUUUAUAUUCGCUCUGGCCUGAUGAGCCAUCAAACCCAUACUUGCAAAUUAACUUGCACAACACUUGUUCGUCAUCCUCUAGACCCUCUACUAUGUUUGUUAUUGCCUCCUUUUGGUCUUCAAUGAUUCUCAGUGCUGUAUGGUCAAGGAAAUUUUGAAGAGGAACCUCAGCAAAUAGCUUUAUGAAGCGCCUGUUAGCUUUAUUACAAAAGGGGAAUUUCAAUCUGACAAUAUGUUGAUUAUAAAAUAGCAGAAAUGAUAAUGAUAAAAAAAAAAAAAAUCGGGCUUCCUCCGACCCUUCCUCCUACUAAAGAGCUUAGGUCUGGGUUGUGAUAAGAUAAAUAAAUAUCUUUGGAAUUUUAAUCCAUGCAUAAUAAAAUUCUACUCCGACUGGAAACCCAUAUGUGAACGAGACUUAAGACCAGCAAUUACUAUUUAAAAAAAAAGUAUCAUCCAAUUUCUGUGAAGCUCUUUGAUGAGAAGUUACUGAGCGGGAAUAAUCCCCCAACUUAGCAGCUGAAAUUUUCUAUUGUGAAGAGCUAAUGUAUGUCAGUCCUAUUUAUUUGUGACUAAAUCCUUAUAAGGAAAAGAAAAAUAUAUGCUACAAAGCAAAGGAACGAAUUA